AAGCCAUACCAAGUCGCACUCUAUUAUCCAGUACCUUUUUGGGAGAUUAGAAGAAGAGAAGAGAGAAGAAAGACACGAUACGCGGCAGCCAAAAUUACAAGUGACUCCUCCCCAACUCACCAGUCUGAAAGACCGACGCUCGCCAACCUCACAACCACAACAUUUCGAAAACCAUUUCAGUCACGACCAACAAACAAUAUGGCCUCAUCGGGCCCCCCUCGCCUCUACUUCGCCUACGGCUCCAACCUCUCACCAACCCAAAUGUCCCUCCGCUGCCCCGCCUCCACACCCCUCGGCCUAGCCCACCUCCCAGACCACACAUUCAUCAUAAACGCCCGCCGCUACGCCAGCGUCGUUCCCAACGGCCCCGUAAAUCCUGCGCACUCCGCCGCCGCCGCCGCCGCCGCCGCCGCCACAACCACGGAUCCAGUUUCGGGCCCGGCGUCGGCUCCCGGCGUCUACGGCGUCCUCUACGCCCUCCCGCCCCAAGACGAAGCCACCCUCGACAGAUGCGAAGGCGUGCCCCACGCCUACCAAAAGCAAGACCUCGCCGUCAGCAUCGUGAACCUCACCUCUCAAGGCAGCGGCGCCGCUUCUGCUGCCGCCGGUCUCACACCGGGCAGCAACGUCACGGCGCUAGUCUAUGUCGACACCGAGAGGACCGAACCCUCGACGCCGUGGGCCGAGUACGUCGACCGGAUGAACCGCGGCGUCGACGAGGCGACGGAGAGGUUCGGGUUGCCGCGGGGGUACGUUGAUGACGUGAUUCGGGCGUGUAUCCCCGCUGCUGCCGCCGCUGCUUCGGACGAGGAUAUUGGCGGAGGUGGGAAGAGCAAGACCAUCAAGGACCCAUUCCUUGAAAUUUCUUGAGUUUCCUAAGCACUAAUUCUGCCCUGGGAUCAGACGGCGCCAAAAAGCACAAUCUCCCCUACGGCCUACCCAAAAAACCUGGACAGAGCCCUGGGCUUCACGAUCCGACUCUCGCGAGCGGUAUUUCGAUCCCCUCAAAGCACUUGCAUCCUACCCAUCGUCAUUCCCAAACUAUACACCCCAAACCGAGGAACUUCCCCUUCCCUUUCCUGCCAUUCUCGUCAUACCUCAGUACCUCAGAAACGGGCAAUCGUAAGAGAGAGAAAGACCGACCAACCGCACAAUCCCGUCGCAAAAAUCACCCAGGAAACACUCCAAAACCUCUUGGCAUAGCCAAGAAACGCCUUGGCAAAAAGCCCCAACCGGGAAACGGGGGUUGCCUGCCUGCCUGCCCCCUUUUCAAGCUUCUCUCCGAGAAGCGUGAUGAACACUACACCACUGGAUUGUCCCUUUCUUCUUUGUCAGGGGCCAGGCCAGGAGGUUGCGUACAGGGCCUUCAGGCUACAGCAGCAAUUGGAAACCGGACAGUCGGUAUUCCGUGGUGAGAAGAGACUUCUUUUUUUAGAACCCGAGUGAGACACGCAGGGAGAGAGAGAGAGAG